AGGACCCACAUUGGUAGAAAGAAUGCAUUUUUCCGGAUGAAAAUGGGUUUAACGUAGUGGAGCAAGACCCGGAAGUAUUUAAAAUCAAUUUCCAUAGAAUUUAAUAUUGAAUCGAGUUCCAUAUGGAUAUAUAAUGAUCAACAUGCAAGGCUUUGCACUUGGGCAAUACUAAAACCAAAACAGUUUUCUUUCCAAAAUGAGAAUCCAAAAUCUUCAUUCUUUUUACCUCCUCUUUUUACCUGUAUUCUUCUUCUCCUUCAAUUCUGCAACUUCAGAAUCUCAUCUUCAGUUGAGAAGGGGUGAUUUUUUAUUUGUUGAGGACGAUCAAAAUUUCCUCACCUCCCCAGAUAACUCAUUUACUUGUGGGUUUCUUAACUUGAAAAUUCUAAUGCCUACUGGUUUGCAAUUUGGUUCACAAAUUCUAAAGAAAAAACCGUCGUCUGGACCGCAAAUCGGGACAGGCCGGUUAACGGCCGCGGCUCGAAAGUACACUUCAGGGGAGAAGGAACCGUGAUCUUAACAGACGUUGAUGACACCGUUGUAUGGCAGACAAAUACCACCACAACUGAUGUUGCAAUAGCUAAGGUUCUGAAUUCAGGCAACCUCGUAUUGGAGAAUCCACAAGGUGAUAUUCUCUGGCAAAGUUUUGAUGUUCCUACAGAUACUCUUUUGGCAAAGUUUUGAUGUUCCUACAGAUACUCUUUUACCUUUUCAAACACUUACUAAGAAUAAAAGAUUGACUUCUACAUUGAGAAAAGGGAGUUAUGGAUCGGGUUACUUUAAUUUGAAUUUUGGAAGUGAUAAUGUUUUGAGAUUGAUAUUGGAUACACCCGAUACAUCAAGCAAUUAUUGGCCUAAUCCUGAUUUUGAUGUUUAUAGAAAUGGAAGAACAAAUUAUAAUAGUAGUAGAGUGGCAUUUUUGGAUGAUAUGGGCAGGUUUCUGUCAAGCGAUCAAUUGCAAAUCAAUGCUUCGGAUAUGGGAUAUGGAAUUAAAAGACGGAUGACAAUAGAUUAUGAUGGGAAUCUUAGGAUUUAUAGCUUGAUCAACUCGACGGGUUUGUGGGAAAUAACGUGGCAAGCUCUUGGACAACCUUGUAGCGUACGAGGUGUGUGUGGAAGAAACGCGGUGUGUGUUUAUGCACCGGAUCCUCGGUGUGCUUGUCCUCCUGGGUUCGAGGUGAAUGAUCUGAGUGACUGGAAUGCUGGUUGCAAGGCAACGUUCAACGAGACUCUUUUACGUUCUCGACAAGUGAAAUUCGUGGAGAUACCUCAUGUGGAUUUCUAUGGUUUUGAUCUCAAUGCGACUUCUCCAUUGACAUUGGAAUCUUGCAGGGAGAUGUGUGCGAGUGAUUUUCGUUGCCUUGCGUUUAGCUACCGGAUUUUGGGACAAGGAUUCUGCUAUGUAAAAAGUGCACACCUUAAUGGCUAUGAAACUCCAGAAUUCCCUGCAAGUAUAUACAUUAAAGUUCCAAACAGUUUGCAACCACCGAAUCCUUCAAUUCUGUAUGAAUCCAGAAGAAUGUGUGGAUCUGCAGAAGCAGAACAAAUCAUAGGAUCUCCUUCUAUGUAUGACUUCGUCCCGAAAAGAGUGAAAUGGAUUUAUAUCUAA